AUGGACGAUGAUCUGGAGGAUCGCCCGAAGACAUUUCCUAGCAUGCGGAGUAAACCAUAUACCCCGCUGGUAUGUUUCUUUCAUCUACAUGUGUUGCUUGGUUUGAGCGUGAUUCUGCUCGUAGUACCUUUGAUCAUAGCUGAAAUUUUGGGCGGGCUAACCUUCCAAGCGUGGAUCUUUUUUUUGGAACGAUCAUAAAGAAACAUACCAACGGGGUAUACGAUCAAAAGUUCAUGAGCUCUUUAUCUUUUGAGUUGUUCUACCGGAUCGUUUCAUGAGCUCUUUAUAUCAAGGACACUAUUUGGGAAUGCCCGUGCCCCACUGAAUAAUAAUGUAAAUUAAAUAUAAAUACGAGUUAUUAGAUUAAUCUUUUCCCUAACACGGCAUGUACAGAAGAACUAGCACAUUUUUCAAACUCAAUUUAAUGGUGCAAAGGAUUGCAAGACAAAUAAUACUAUCUUUCAUGGCAUAUGAAUUAAUCAUUGUCUGAUUGAUAUGCGGUUAACAUAAUGAAGAAUGCAAGGGAUUUGUGCCAAGUUUUCUUGUGGUCAUAACGCCCUUUAAAUCAUUCCAUUUCCCACAUACAGACUUUAAAUUCCCAUUAAACCAGUGGGUUGUCUUGGCUGUAAAACCACCGGUUUUAGCUCAUGUAUUGUGCUUGGGUGUGGGUGCAACUUUAUUUAGAAUAAUUGAUAGCCAGGCUCAUUUACAUUCAGUGUCUUCUUUGAAUGUCUUUCCUGAGAAUGACCUUUGGCUUUCUAAAGUUCUCCAAGGUUAGUCCACAAUUCUUUUUAAGUAGUCUCUUCAUCUUUUGUGUGAUAUCCUUUUGUUGCCUGAUUGCUUUAUGAAGAUUUCUUGCAUAGUCAACUUUGGUUAGCAUUUUUGACAACUAGCAUUACUUGUGCUCGAUGAGCAAUGAUUAACCUAUUGCUUUAUGCAGGUUUUUCAGGUUCUCAUGAGAAUAAAUGUCCGUGUAUUAUCUGUCCUCUUGUUUUUGGGUUUGGGAGUGAUGUUUUACAUUGGAGCACGUACAUCACCUAUAAUUGUCUUCGUCUUCACAAUCUGUCUCCUCAGCUUUCUCUUUUCAAUAUAUCUCACAAGGUGGGUUCUUGCAAAGGACGAAGGACCUCCCGAGAUGGUUCAGGUAUCUUUUUAUUUCUGGCCUUUUGAUGGUAUCUAUUUUCCACUACUUUCUUGUUUUUUCACUUAGACCAUAUGUUUUGGUUGGGAUAUCCAGUCGUUGUUUACUUGUCUUUGGAUGAACUGUGACUUUAAUUGCUGAAAUAUCGUUUCAGGACUCUGAUGUCCUGGAACUGCUCUUCACAGCAAGUUACGAUUCACCCUUUCAGAUGACCCCAAUUCGAUGUGAACACAUACAGAUCAUCCUCUGGAGCUCAUGGGCACUUUCAUUUCGUAGAUUUCCAUUUUUGGGUUGAUGCCGAUGGAUGAGUUGAUGAACUUAAAGCCAAUCACAAUAGUAUUCAGUGUUUGAUCACGAAAUUACAUUGAUGCAGGGCUAUGCAACAAGCAAUUGGUGCCGAUCUUAGGUCUUGAGUUUGGCUAAAUCAUGAGAAGGUAGUAUUACACAAAAUAAGAUUAGUUGGUCUUCCUGAAUGAUCUGAGAAGGUCUUUAGUAUAUCAACAAAAACUCAUGAUAAUACGAUGACACUUAGCACUUGCACAAGAUUAAAUCAUUGAGAUCUCUGCGUUAUAGAUGAAAAACAUAUCACGAACUAUUGCAAGAGAAACUUAAAUUUUUCAAUCAAUGAUACCAUAGCGUAUAAGUAUGAAUUUAUUCAGAGAAAACCAAGAAUAACCCUGGUCCUAGAGACAUUUCCAACUUAAUUCCAUUGGAGCCGAAGGUUUUCCUGAAAGUCCUACUCCAAAUAGGACUCUUACAGCCUCUUUCAAAUGUUUUCCCGGUCAAACACGCAGAUCAAACUGUGUUAUUCUCUUCAAAAAAAAUUGAUAACUAUUUGGGAAUUUUCAGAACAAAUCUACGGAAUGCUUUUGUUUGGGAGAAUUUGGUGGCUAACCAUUCAGUGAACUGUGGGGAGAAAAAUGUUGUGGUUUCCAGUUGUUGGGAGAGAAAACUGUUUUCUGCCCGAGUUUGGGGGUAGGGUCUUUUGAAGCCCUUUGGGUUGUAGAAGCAUAAAUGGUGAGAUUUUCUUCAGAUGUCUCUAUAGAGGAUAUACAUUCGUGUGUUAUCCCAGCUCACCCUUUUCAUAUGGUCUACUUUUUCUUAUCUGUUAUUAUAAAAAUAAUGAAUUGUGGCACCAUUCAUUCUAGAAAGUGGAAUGAAUUUUAAAAAAUAAAUAAAUAUGAAAUAAAUUUUGUUACCACAAGCAUCUGAAAAUGGAAGGCUGAAUAUUCCAAAUGUAAAUCAAAGAUGCACUUAAAAAUUAUUUGUCAGGCAGUUCUCUGUGAAAAAUGUUUAAUACCUAUUUGGAUGAAAUUCAAUUUUGAUGUUGUUUCUGGCCACAAGUCACCAACUCGACAUGGACUGGAUAAAAGAUGGAGGGUGUUCUUGUUGGUUACAAAUAUGUUAAUAUCAUAAAUGCAGUUACCUAUGUGACCAGCUAUGUCAAUGAUUUUGUUCAGGUCAAGUAGCUCACAGGAAUAAUUCUUAGAAACUCCUGUCCGGAUAAUCCACUAAACAAUGUAUCAUGAUGACUUCUUGUUUCUCAUCCAUCCCUUUCACAAAUUGAGGUUUUUCCUUUUUGAAUUAUAUCUCCUGUGAACUGAAUUAUUUUUAUUGAGUUAUUUCUCCUGCGACCUGAAAUCAUCUUUAACAUGCAGAUCUCAGAUGCUAUACGGGAUGGAGCAGAGGGUUUCUUUAGGACCCAGUAUGGUACUAUUUCCAAGAUGGCUGUUGUGCUGGCACUGUUGAUACUAAUUAUAUAUUUAUUCCGUCAUUUGACUCCUCAACAGGAAUCUUCUGGGGUUGGAAGGUUUGGAAGCUUUCUACCUUAAGACUUAUGGCCUUGCUAGCUCUCCUUCUAAAUGGUGUUCACUUAUACUGCAAUACUGUUUCAGGACAACAUCUGCAUGCAUUACUGUCGCCGCUUUUCUUCUAGGGGCUGUCUGUUCUGGUGUUGCUGGGUAUGUUGGGAUGUGGGUAUCAGUUCGAGCAAAUGUUCGGGUUUCCAGUGCUGCCAGACGUUCUGCCAGGGAGGCCUUGCAGGUCGUAUUCAAAUAAUUAUUAUUUUUGCUGUUCAAACGUCUGUAUGUGCUUAAUAAUCUUACGAAAUAACUCAUGCCAGAUUGCUGUACGAGCUGGUGGGUUUUCCGCAAUGAUUGUGGUUGGCAUGGCUGUGAUUGGUGUGGCAAUCCUUUAUGCGACAUUUUAUGUCUGGCUAGGAGUAGGCUUACCUGGGUCUAUGAAAGUCACUGACUGUAAGUUCAUUCUCUAUCAUUUUAUGAGCGAUGAUGCUCUUCCAUUUAUUAUUGCAACUGAUAUCUCGUAUUCUAUGUGGCGAAUGCUGAAAUAACACAUCUAGAAGCUAUAGGAGUUCUGAAAUUCCAUACUGCUUGGUAACUUGUCUGAAGCUCAGUGUUUCAGGCAAAACCACAAGCAUUCAUCUGAAGAGCUGAACUUGUGCAGUUUGCUUAGGAUGUUGGAACCAUAUUCUGAGUGACUUCAGCCCAGAUGCAAGUUUUAGGAUUAUCUAAGAGGCCUUUAGAAAGUUCUAAGGAUAUCACUUUGGCUCUGGACAUCAAUUUCCUGAUGUUUUGCUUUUUUUUGGCGAAAUGGCAUAAAGUUAAUAUCCUGCACUUGGUUCUUCUCAAUCAGUGAGAUUGGCCUCUCACUUUACUGAGACAAAAGUUAGAUGCCUGCAGCUGGAUUUAUCUGAGCUGUUGUUUGUUCUUUUUACUGUUAAUCGUAAUCUUACAAUUUCUUGUUGACCUGUGAUUAUGAAGGAACAUGAUUACUUUUUCAAGAGUAGACAAUCAUGAUUGUCGAAUUAAUCUCCAUAUGUCAACAUUUCGUUCUGCUUUCAAGAGUAGACAACUUUUUUGCUGCUUGGUGGGUCCAUGUUGGUAACUGUUGCUUUGACUCUCUAUACUCUGUGCAGUACCUCUACUUCUUGUGGGUUAUGGUUUCGGGGCUUCCUUUGUUGCCCUCUUUGCUCAAUUGGGUGGUGGAAUAUACACAAAAGCAGCCGAUGUCGGAGCUGAUCUUGUUGGAAAAGUAGAGCAAGGAAUUCCUGAGGAUGACCCUCGAAAUCCUGCUGUCAUUGCAGAUUUGGUAUCUCCAAUUCUUUUUUACCAAAAUGGUCUUUAAAUUUCUUGAUUUGGGUUGACUUAUUUGGAUAUAUCUUGAAGCCAACCCCAACUUUUUUCUAUGUUUUGUAUCAUAUUGUCGAAAUUUAUGAGAGGUUUAAAAUGUUCAUGGAAUGUAAAAGGCCUCAAAAACUACGCAUGAAUAUUACCCACUCAUCAUGGUGCUACCAUUUCAAACCACUGCGCACUACUUAUCUCAAAAAAGUUGUGGUUAAGAUCUAUAGGCCUUGCUGUAUGUAAUCUAGCAUAUUUUAGGGAAUAUGAUUGGUUUUUUUCGCGUCAAUAGUUGACAAAGUUAGCACCACUAAAGGGCUUUAUAACCUGCGCCAAUUCAGCCAACUACUCAAAUAGUUUGAAGCUCGUGGCCAGGGAUCACUAUACUUUCUACCUGGUGUAUUGCCAUUAGUCAGUUAAACUUGAAGUCGCUCAUAUUGAUGAUGGGUAAGUGAACAUUUUAUAUGUACAUGGAUAAUAAUAUUGAGGAAUGAUAUUCUUGACUUGGAAUUGAUUCACUCACCUGGUUGUUGAUCCCGGUGGAUCCAUAGAGGAGGAUAUGGUUUUUUUUACUAAAUACUUGGAAGCCAUACACUUUUGUUACAUUCUCUAGUAUUUCAAAAUUUUAACCUUUUGGCGCUGUUGUGCACCAUAAGAAUUUUCAUGAGCCCAUGAUAAAGGAGUUAACUAUUCGGAAGAAAGUGAAAAUGCAAAAUUGCUACAGUGAGUUUCUUAAUCCAAGUAUUGCAAAAAUCAGAAAGGUUCAGAUUUAUCAUUGUUGUCUGCCUCCUUCCUUCCUUUAGUUCUGAACAGUGCUAGAAUCAGACUUGCUCUCCUUUCCUCUUUCAUUUUAGAUUGGAAAGAGCUGAUGUCUAUCAGAAUAAGUUGAUUUAAAUAUGGGUCGACUAAUUUAAAAACUAGAAAGUAGAGCCUUUUCUUUUUUCACAAAACUGCAUAGUAGAUGAUCUGAGGAUGAAUUGAUUCCAACAUCAAAGAUGAAGGUAAGUUCAUGGCUGCAGCCUUUCAUUUUCUUCUCGUUGUAGAACCUUGAGCAACAUCUUGUGUCUUGACUGGGUUGUCACACUGGCAUGUAUUUUCCUAAUAGGCGAAAAAUUCUUCUUGAAUGACAUUUUUUUUAUAUAUCUUUGUUUCAUUUUAUGAUAACUUGGUUGUGCUUGAACUGUGAAAUGUGCUAGGUUGGAGACAAUGUGGGAGACUGUGCUGCCCGAGGUGCUGAUCUUUUUGAAAGUAUUUCAGCUGAGAUAAUCAGUGCAAUGAUACUUGGAGGUACAAUGGCAGAGCGCUGCAAAUUAGAAGGCAAGUAGUAGAAAAUUAGAAUUCAAUAACUUCCACUGACUACCCCCCCCUCUAAUGCUAGUCCAUCUCAAAAUUUAAUUAUUUCUCAAAUCAUAAAAUUGUGCCCACCCACAUUGUUGUCAGUUUAACCAUUGUUGGGCAACUCAAUCCAAUUUGAACCCACUCUGAUGAUCCAAUCCUCGAAACAUUAUUUUCAAGUGUUCAACUAUUGUUUUCUGUAUUCCAAUUCUUGACACACGUCCAGAUCACCCUGUUCAGAAGUAAAGAGAAUUUUUUCAUCUCAGUCAGUGUUGUCUGGAACGCUGGACACCUUUAUAUAUGCAUACAUAAUCUGCUAUGUGUAUAUCUGCCCAAUUUCAAAUUCCAAGGCAUGGAAAUUAUUUACUUAUUGCUACUGCUAUUGUCUUUGAGUGAUGGUUUUUUUCUCACGUAUCGAUGUAAAUAUUCUUUUCAACUACUUUCAUCGUGUCAAUAUAAUCUUUACAAGUCCAACGUUCUACACGAUACAAUAUAUCUGGUCUAGUUUUUGUUUUAUAAUUUUUUUCCUUUCAAUCUAGUUGGUAUGCCUUGCACACACAGUACUCCAUGAACCACUUUGAUUUUGACCAAUCAUUCCUAAUCCGCUUACUCGAUAUUUAUCUGGACAGUUCAGACCGGCAAUUGAUCAUAACUGAACGGGGUGCUGUAAAUGUUCAUUGGCCCUUUUAGUUUCAGAGCCCCUGGUGCAUAUUUUCGUAAUCCCAGCUUAUGCUCUAAUCUUACUAUAUCUGUGCAUGUUAACCCGAAAUUAUAUGCUAUAGCAGAUGUACAAAAUUAUAUGCGUGGUACGGAGAUACAGAUUCGAUGGGCCUCGAUAUAUGUCAUACACGGAUGGAAAAUUGUUUGGUUUCGAUUAACUUCCCUCGUUUCAGUCAUAAUUUCUUCAUCCUUAAUGAUUAUGAUCAUAUCCUCUUAGUUCUCUAAUCUUGUAUGAUGUCACCAACAACAUUGUAGUUCAAUCCACUACCCACCAACCUCGAUCUAGACUGCUCCAACGCAAUUCUACUUGGUUUCUAAAAUUUAGCCACAGAAACCUUGGUGGCGAUGUUUAUUUUUCCGCUAAACCUGAAGAUACGCACAUCAUAACCUUGAGAUGCCAAUCUCUAGUGACCUGAUGUGGUGCCAAUAGUUGGACAGAUAUUUGGACAUAGUCGUCUUAGUAUAUCCUUAAUGGUUAACAAGUUUUCAAUGAUGUAGCUAAAAGUUUCAUCUUUGCAAGCUUAUCUGUUCUGAUUUUUUUAAACAUUUCCUUUUCACUACUUAUUUUAUCAAUUGCUGAUGUACACUUUGAUAUUAUUGCAGAUCCCUCUGGGUUUAUCCUGUUCCCACUGGUCGUCCAUUCUUUUGAUUUGGUUGUAUCAUCAAUAGGACUGCUUUCUAUCAGGGGUACACGUGAACCUGGACUCAAGGCUUCUUCUGAAGAUCCAAUGGCAAUACUACAGAAAGGCUAUUCUGUGACAAUUUUCUUUGCUGUCAUAACUUUUGGUGCGGUGAGUCUUGAGCAUGUUCAUACGACCUAAUUGUUUUCGUUUAAAAAGUAUUCUGUCUUAUAUGGUUUUGAAUCUGUUUCUGAGACCUAGACAAUGUUUCCUUAGUAGAAGAAAAUAUUUUUGAUUUAAAAAUAAAAUAAAAUUGGCCAAACUUUUUGGGUUAUUCAGAUGCUUUCCUUCUAUUUCGACUUGUUCAGCUAAAAUUUGUCUCAUAAAGAUGGAGCAGGGUUUAUUUGUCUAGCUUUACGAAAUUACACGGGUGCUACUUUAUUUUCUCAUUUCACUUUUCGUCUCUUAAUGUCUUAUCACAGUCAACUCGCUGGCUCCUUUACACUGAGAAAGCUCCCUCAGCAUGGUUGAAUUUCGCACUCUGUGGUCUGGUUGGAAUAAUAACAGCCUACAGUUUUGUUUGGAUCACAAAGUACUACACAGAUUACAAGCACGAGCCUGUUCGCAAUUUAGCCAUGUCCAGCUCUACUGGCCAUGGAACCAAUAUAAUUGCAGGAGUAAGCUUGGGCUUGGAAUCAACAGGUCUCCCUGUUCUUGUGAUAAGCGUCGCCAUUGUCUCAGCGUUCUGGUUGGGGCAGACUUCAGGCUUGGUGGAUGAAUCUGGGAACGCCACCGGUGGUCUCUUCGGUACAGCCGUAGCUACAAUGGGAAUGCUCAGUACCGCGGCAUAUGUUCUCACAAUGGACAUGUUCGGACCCAUUGCUGACAAUGCUGGUGGAAUUGUGGAGAUGAGCCAACAGGUGAGAUAAGAGUCACACUUUCUGAUGUCUGAACCCAUCUAAGGAACAUAAAAUCAUGAUAUCCCCCAUCUAUGGAAUUGUGCUGAAAUGUGACAGACUGUGGAAACUAAGUAGCCUGGUAGGGUUAUUCAGGCCAAUGGUAUCUAAAUUGGCACCAUCUUUAUCUUGAUUAUUAUGAUCUUGUGCAGCCUGAAAGCGUCCGGGAGAUCACUGAUCUACUAGACGCCGUCGGAAACACCACAAAAGCUACCACAAAGGGCUUCGCCAUUGGGUCUGCAGCCCUCGCCUCCUUCCUCCUCUUCAGUGCCUACAUGGACGAGGUCUCCUCCUUUGCUCGUAUCCCAUUCAACCAGGUACCCUCUGAUCGCAAAAAGCUCUCUUCUUUUCUCCUUCUUCUUCAAGGUCAUAACCGAUCCACGACCUCAAUGAAUGCCCAGGUUGACAUUGCCAUUCCUGAGGUCUUCGUCGGUGGGCUUCUGGGCUCCAUGCUCAUAUACGUCUUCAGCGCCUGGGCAUGUGCUGCUGUUGGGAGGACCGCCCAGGAGGUUGUCACCGAAGUCCGGAGGCAGUUCAUCGAGAGGCCCGGCAUCAUGGUGCGUACGAUCUCCUGGCUCAUUUCAGUAGAUCAGCUGGUUCAGGGAUCAAGCCUGAUCAUUCCAUUCAUUGCUGCAGGAUUAUAAGGAGAAGCCAGAUUAUGCCCGGUGUGUCGCCAUCGUUGCCUCCGCAUCCUUGCGGGAGAUGAUAAAGCCCGGCGCCCUCGCCAUUGUUUCCCCUAUAAUGAUCGGUGAGCUCACAUGCACAUACAUACAUACAUAUAUAUAUAUAUAUACAUAUAAUUUAAUUUAUUUGGUAAGUUUCCAAGUAUGAUGAUUAGUAAUAUGAAACCCAUCCGAGUGAAAAAUAUUAUUGCUUGAUUUUAUGAUGUAUCUGAAAUAUGUAUAUGAGGAGCAUUUGAUUUUCUUUAAAAAAAAUUAUUUUAUUUCUUUCAUUAAUUGGGACUGCAGGGUUCGUGUUCCGGGUGUUCGGGCACCUAACUGGGCAGCCGCUUCUGGGCCCCAAGGUUGUGGCGUCCAUGCUCAUGUUCGCCACCGUCUCUGGUAUCCUCAUGGCCCUCUUCCUCAACACCGCCGGCGGCGCCUGGGACAACGCCAAGAAAUUCAUAGAAACCGGCGCUCUCGGUGGCAAGGGCAGCGACAGCCACAAGGCCGCCAUCACCGGAGACACGUAAGCAAUCCACCUACUCUCUUUCUCUCUCUAAAUGUUUGUAUGUGUGCAUGUAUAGGUGUAUAGAUCUAGAGAGAGAUUAAUUAUGGUGGGUAUGGGUAUGGAUUGAUUUCUCGCAGUGUUGGGGAUCCUUUCAAGGACACGGCGGGACCGUCGCUUCAUGUUCUGAUCAAGAUGCUGGCGACAAUAACCCUGGUAAUGGCGCCCGUCUUCCUCUGA